AUGCCUAAACCGGACUUUACCCAAUACGUGAUAGAAGCUAAUCGCAGAAUAGUGAAAGAUAUAUGUAAACCAUUCAUUUUGAGCGAUGGCACAUAUAAACGAAUUAUGGAUCUCUUUCUGGUUGACAUUAAGAAAGGCUUGGGAAAAUACACUCACAAGAAGGCGUCCGUCAAAUGCUACAUGACGUUUGUGGAAAAGCUUCCAAGUGGCUGCGAACGCGGCAAAUUUUUGUCGUUAGAAUUGAGCGGGGAUGUUUGUCGCGUUUUAUGUGUAAAUUUACAGGGUGACGACGACUUUAAGAUAGAAUGGCAAAAUUUUGAUGUACCCCCUGAAAUUAAGGUAGACACAGCAUGUCAUUUUUUCGAUUUCCUUGCCCAGUGCUUGUCCGAUUUUAUCGUCAAGUAUGAUUUACAAUAUGAUGAACUCAGCUUAGGCUUUACUUUUGCUUUCCCUUUAAAACAAACCAGUAUAAGCAAAGGUAUCUUGGUCAAAUGGACUAAAGGCUACAAGGUAUCCGGAGUGGUGGGUCAUGACGUUAUUGCUUUAUUGCAAGAAGCUAUAGUACGUAGAGGUGAUCUGUCUAUAAACGAUAUCAUCAUUUUAAAUAAUACGACUGGCGCCCUUAUUUCUUGUGCGUGGAAACAUAAAGAAGCUAAAAUUGGAGUUCUUAUUUCCAGCGGCUGCAAUAUGUGCUAUCUUGAAAAGAGUAAACAUAUACAGCUUUUCAAAAACGCCGGCAACUAUACUCCAACCAUGGUUAUUAACUGUGAAGCGGGAGCUUUUGGUAACGAUGGAGCAUUGGAUUUUAUACGCACGUCAGUCGAUUUUACUGUAAACAAAAAUUCUAUGUAUCCUGGCCAGCAAAUAUAUGAGAAGAUGGUCUCUGGCCUGUAUCUAGGAGAAAUUGCACGUCUAACCUUACUGGAUUGUAUAAAUGCUGGAGCAAUGUUAAAAGGUAUUCUGUCCAAAGAGAUACUUACACCUACGGCAUUUAAAAUUCACGAUAUGUCGCAAAUUGAACUUGAAGAGCCAGGCCAUUAUGCAAUUACCCGGAAAUUUUUUGAAAAAAUGGGCUACAAGCACACCACAAAUGGCGAUUGCGAUAAUCUUCGUUACAUAUGCAGUGCAAUAUCGACGAGAUCUGCGAAUAUGGUCGCAGCUUGCCUAGCUUGCUUAGUUGAGCGCGUAGGCGAUCCUUACUUAAUUAUUGGCGCUGAUGGCAGUGUAUAUCGUUCGUAUCCACAUUAUCCGUCACUUCUACGUAAUAGACUUAAAAAACUUGUUCGCGGUGAUUUUAAAUUCGACGUGGUGCAGGCGGAAGAUGGUUCGGGACAGGGGGCAGCCUUAUUAGCAGCCUCAACCAAAAAGAAGAAAAAAUGA